AUGGAGUUCCUUCUUCUGGGACUCUCAGAUGACCCACAAGUCCAGCCUCUUCUCUUCUUCCUCUUCCUGUCCAUGUACCUGGUCGGCAUCACGGGGAACUUGCUCAUCGUCCUGGUCGUCAGCUCCGACCCCCACCUGCACACGCCCAUGUACUUCUUCCUCUCCAUCCUGUCCGUGAGUGACAUUGCUCUUACGUCCAGCACCAUCCCAAAGAUGGUUUGGAAUAUUCACACUCAGAGCAGGACCAUCUCUCAUGCGUGCUGUCUGCUGCAGGUGAGUCUGUUUAACUUUUUUGCGUGUUUGGACAGUGUCAUUCUAGCUGUGAUGGCAUACGAUCGCUUUGCCGCUAUUUGCCACCCCCUGCACUACCCCGUCAUCAUGAACCCCCGCGUCUGCGGUAUUCUGGUGCUGGUGUCAAUUUGCAUCAGCCUCUUGAACUCCCAGGUGCAUUUCUUGAUGAUACUGCUGCAUACCUUUUGCCCCGGUGUGGAAAUCCCUCACUUUUUCUGCGACCCCCCUCAACUCCUCAGACUUGCCUGCGAGGACACCUCCACUGAUAACUUAUUGAUGUACUUUAUUAUUGCUCUUCUUGGUGGUAUCCCAAUAUCAGGGAUUUUUUACUCAUACACUAAAAUUGUUUGUUCCAUCUUGAAAGUUUCAUCUCCGGAUGGGAGGUCUAAAGCCUUCUCCACCUGUGGCUCUCACCUAUCUGUUGUUUGCCUAUUUUAUGGAACGGGUUUUGGGGUGUACCUGGGCUCAGUUGUCUUUCAAUCUCUCAGGAAGGGGGCAGUGACCUCAGUGAUGUACACAACAGUUGUCCCCAUGCUAAACCCCUUCAUCUACAGCCUGAGAAACAAGGACAUCAAGAGGGCCUUCCAGAAUAUUCUUCAUAGAGCAACCUGA